AUGAUCCUAAUGGAGAACAGUACAGAAGUGACACACUUCCUCCUGCUGGGACUUACCGAUGAUCCAGGCCUACAGCUUCCCUUGUUUUUCACUUUCCUCCUCAUCUACACCAUCGCCCUGGUGGGGAACCUGGGAAUGAUCCUGUUGAUAGUCCUGGACUCUCGGCUCCACACUCCCAUGUACUUUUUUCUAGGUAAUCUGUCCUUCGUUGAUCUUUGUUACUCCUCAGCUGUCACACCCACAGUCAUGACUGGGCUCCUAAUAGGAGACAAGGUCAUUUCCUACAAUGACUGUGCUGCUCAGAUGUUCUUUUUUGCAGGGUUUGCCACUGUAGAAAAUUACCUGUUGGCCUCAAUGGCCUAUGAUCGCUAUGCAGCAGUGUGUAAGCCCUUGCACUAUUCCUAUACAAUGACUACAAAUGUAUCUAUUUGUCUUUCUGUAGUUUCCUAUACCUGUGGUUUCCUGAAUGUCUCCAUCCACAUUGGGGACACUUUCAGUCUUUCCUUCUGUGGGUCCAAUGUAGUCCAUCAUUUUUUUUGUGAUGUUCCAGCAGUCAUGGUUCUCUCUUGUUCUGACAGACAUGUCAGUGAGCUAGUUCUUAUUUAUAUAGUGAGCUUCAAUAUCUUUUUUGCUCUCUUUGUUAUCUGGAUGUCCUACACAUUCAUUUUUAUCACCAUCUUUAAAAUGAAGUCAAGUGCUGGAUAUCAAAAGGCUAUAUCCACCUGUGCCUCACACUUCACUGCAGUGUCUAUUUUUUAUGGAACAGUCAUAUUCAUGUACUUGCAGCCCAGCUCCAGUCACUCGAUGGACACUGACAAAACUGCAUCUGUGUUCUACACCAUGAUCAUUCCUAUGCUGAACCCUCUGGUCUACAGCUUGAGGAACAAGGAGGUCAAGAGUGCAUUCAAAAAACUGUACUAUAUAGCCAAACAAUGA